CUUCACUAUGUACACUAUAUUGUCCAUUACACACUCCUGCACUAUAUACUGUACACUAUAUUGUCCAUUACAAACUCCUGCACUAUAUACACUAUAUUGUACAUUACUCACUCCUGCACUAUAUACACUGUCUUGUACAUUACACACUCCUGCACUAUAUACAAUAGAUUGUGCAUUGCACACUCCUACACUAUGUAUACUAUAUUGUGCAUUACAUACUCCACUAUAUACAGUACACUAUAUUGUACAUUACACACUCCUGCACUAUGUACACUAUAUUUUACAUUACACAUUCCCGCAUUGUGGACCCACCCACAGUUUGCCGUUGCACGCUACAUGCACCACAUUACUA